AUGUCUCCCUCCCCCUCAGCCCUUCUGGACGCGCUGUUGCACACCACAACCGACGCCAUCAUCCCGCUCACGGCGGACGGCGUGCGGAGCGGAUGUAAGGUCUUUGGCGCGGCGAUUCUGCGGAAAUCCGACCUCGGCCUCGUGAUCGCGGCCACGAACCACGAGACAGCGUCGCCACUGCUACAUGGGGAGAUCAACUGUAUCCAGCAGUUCUACGGGAUGGGGGACCACCCCAAUCCAAAGGACUGCGUGUUCUUCGCCACACACGAGCCCUGUUCCCUCUGUUUGUCGGGCAUCACCUGGUCGGGGUUCGACAACUUCUAUUACCUCUUCACGUAUCAGGAUACGCGAGACGCAUUUGCUAUCCCACACGAUAUCAAGAUCCUCGAGGAGGUGUUCAAAGUCCGCGCAGGGGGUGAGACGGAUGAGCAGUACGCCGCGCGGGAGUUGUAUAAUCGAGAGAACGCCUUCUUCAAGAGCAAGAGCGUUGCUCAGCUCGUGGAUGAGCUGCCGGAGGCUCAGCGCGAGGCUGCGAAUAAACGUAUCGCCCAAGUAAAGGACACGUACGACCGGUUAUCAGAGGUCUACCAGCAGGACAAGGGCAAGGCGGGUAUCCCGCUCGCGUGA